CCUGCCUUCUCUUCUCCCGCCUUCUCCUCCUCCCAGCACAGCAGCAGCUGUGACCACAUCACCACACACACACACAUAUAUACUUGGUCAUCAUCCAGCUUCCAGCAGCCAGCUGCCCGCCGAUCAACGUGUAGGCGGUUCAAAGGGAAAUCUGCUGAUGGACAUGGCGCACGAGAGAUCAGACGCCAGCAGCGAGGAGGAGGUGAUGGCCGGCGAGCUGCGGCGCGGGCCUUGGACGGUGGAGGAGGACCUCCAGCUGGUCAACUACGUCGACGCGCACGGCGAGGGCCGCUGGAACUCGCUCGCCCGAUCAGCAGGUCUGAAGCGCACUGGCAAGAGCUGCCGCCUCCGGUGGCUGAACUACCUCCGGCCCGACCUCCGGCGCGGCAACAUCACGCCGCAGGAGCAGCUGAUGAUCCUGGAGCUGCACUCGCGCUGGGGCAACCGCUGGUCCAAGAUCGCGCAGCACCUCCCCGGGCGCACCGACAACGAGAUCAAGAACUACUGGCGCACGCGCGUGCAGAAGCACGCCAAGCAGCUCAAAUGCGACGUCAACAGCCAGCAGUUCAAGGACGUGAUGCGCUACCUCUGGAUGCCCCGCCUCGUCGAGCGCAUCCAGGCCGCCGCAGCCAACAAUAACGCCAGCGGCGCCGGGGUUCCGCCAGCUGGCGCCGCCGCGGACGACACGCCGCUCUCGUCGUCGUGGCAGCACGGCGGCGGCGCCGACGACGACGGCGGCCUCUACGCGUCGCCGGAGCUGCCCACGGACGCCUGCUGGCCUCCCGCAGACUGCUACUACUACCCAGCCGCCGCUGACCACCAGCUACUGAACAACCCCGCCGCCGCCGCCGUCUUCCCGGACCUGUCAAGCACCACGGCCGGGUCGUCCUCUCCGUCCUCGGAUUCCGGCGCGGGGACAGCACAACCCUGGCCCGCGCCGCUGGGUGGCGCAGAGUGGUUGACCACCGGCGCCUGCUGCGACGCCUCCAGCGCCGCCGCCGCCCUGGGCGGGCAGCAGCAACAAUCGUGCCUGGUCGGGGAGACGUCGUGGGCGUCAUCCGAGCUCCCCGAGCUGGGCGUCGCGGACUUCGAGAUCGGCAGCUUCGACGUGGAGAGCAUCUGGAGCAUGGACGACAGCCUGUGGUUCACGCAGGCGCAGGGCGUGUGAAUCCAAGCCACCAACACACGCGGCGCGCGGGCACGGAAAUCGAUCCACGUUACGGCAUCAUAUAUCGGCGGUGGACAUGCACCCGCGUCCAUCGGACACAAGCAGUACGUCAGCCGCCGAGGGCGCCUAGCUAGCUAGCAGAGGAGCAGAGCCUGCUGAAGACACGGGGUAGAAGAAGGAGAGACAGAGAGGGAUAUUAUUUGGAGGAAGCCAAGACGACGGCGUACAGUACUCAGUUCAAGAUGCUGUUCUUGGGCCGCCCUUGCCUUGCCUUGCCUCCGGCAGGAGGGACUAUUCCUCCACUCCAGUUCUACUCCGUUUCUUACUAAUUCUGUUCUCCUGCCUUAAUUCCGUAGCGGCAAGUAGCUAGUAGUAGGGUAUAUACGCGCGCGCCAAAGAAGAAGACGAAAAAAGAAGUCCAGAAAAAAUAACGUAGCUUAGCGUUAAUAAGGUGUUUGUACGUCGCCCGUCUAAUUAAUUUUUACUCAUUCUUUUUUGAGUAAAUACAUAGUAUAUAUAGUACAUGAACGACUGAAAGUUACUG